AUGGAUCCUCACAUCAGUGUGAAAGACGAACCCACUAGUGAUGAUGACGUUACACACAGCUGGUGCAACCCUGUCCAGCCCUCACAAAUGGACUACAGUCGUGAAGGUGCUGUUGAUAAGUCUGAGUUGGAACCAGAUGACCUUCCAGGCCUCAGUGAGGCAAGAAAACCAACAUUCAAUGUGAUUGUCAAAGAGGAGGAGGAAGAUGAGGAUGAUGAGGACAUGGUUGACCGAGUGCCCGACUGUGGUAAAACCUUUGAGAGGCUGUCGCGUCUGAAGAGGCACGAGCCAUCACACUUGAGGAAGAGCAAGCACCCGUGCCCUGACUGCAACCAGUCUUUUGGCAACCUCUCAGUCCUGAAGAAACACAGGGCAACACACAAGAGCACCGAGAAGCUGACUCACCAGUGUCAACAAUGUGGCAAGACGUUUGAGAAGCUAUCGCGCCUCAGAAGGCACCAGCCCGUACACCAGAGGAGAAAGAGGAUGGACCACCCGUGUCCUAAAUGUGGCAAGACCUUCAAGAAGUUAUCUGGCCUGGUUCGGCACGAGCGAGGACACACCGGAGAGAAACCGUUCCCUUGCUCCCAGUGCGGGAAGAGCUUUGCCGACGACCGUCACCGGAAAGUGCACGAGCAGGCUCACCAAGGGAAGCUGGAGAGACCCCACCGCUGCUCUGACUGCGGGAUCUGCUUCCCCAAACCAUCCGAGCUUCGACGGCACCAACGUGCGCACACGGGAGAGAAACCGCACCGCUGCCCUGACUGUGGGAAGGCCUAUUCCCGGUCAGAGACUCUGAAGAGGCACCUUCUCAUCCACACGGGGGAGAGACCACACCUCUGCACUGAUUGUGGGAAAAGCUUCAUUGACUUGCAGCAGUUGAAAUCUCACCAGCGGAUUCACACUGGAGAGAAACCAUUUCACUGCCCCUUGUGUGGGAAGGGUUUCUCACAGAGGGGUAACAUGAGGGCACACCAUCGGACUCACACAGGGAGAAACUUCACCACUGUGCCGACUGCGGGGCCAGUCUCUCCACAUCCUCUAGUUUAAAAGAGCAUCAGCUCAUUCACACAGGAGAGAGGCCCUUCCAGUGUCUGGUCUGUGGCAAACGCUUUCUGCACAUCUGGAGACUCAGAAAACACCAGAAGACACACACACACACCGGACUGACACACACACCGGACUAACACAUGCCGGACACACAUAAGGAAGACGUCUCUGUGUGCUUUGAAAGAGCAGCAACUGUGUAGUGUUGUACUACUACUACUAAUAUUAAUACUACUAAUAGUUAAUACUACUAAUAUUAAUACUAGGAUUGUGGGUUCUAUUCCUGGGACCACCCAUACGUGAAUGUGUGCAUGACUGACUGACUGACUGUAAGUUGCUUUGGAUAAAAGCAUCUGCUAAAUGGCUGUUAUUAUUAAUAUCAGCAACCCAGAACCAACAAAAAUAAUUUAAUUAACUUUAAUAGCUUGCAGUAGGGAUCUGCUUGUGAGUAUUCAAAUUACAAUGUGUACCGAGGGGGUGUACUACAAAGCAGGAUCAAUUAGUUAUCCAGCUAACUUUGAUAAGCAACCAGAAAAUAACGCAUUCAAAAUUAGAUAUGCGUUGUUGGUUGAGUCAGUUAAACAAUGCCAAUUCCAAGCUUCUCUUUCUAAAAACGAGAAAAGGUCAUAUCAGAAUAUUUAGACAGGCUGACUCAUUGAAUUUGUAAUUUACCCCUCUGGUCUACGCCUCGUCCCAUUUUAAUCAACACUGAACAAUGCUCUUUAUACGUCUGACAUAACUAUUUUAAUGGUACAUUUAAUAGUCUUGUGUUUUGUAUGUGUGUGUGUACAUGUUUUACUAUACUUGUGAGUACCAGAAGUCCUCAUGAAUAGUAAACUAACUAAAAUUCAGAGAAGUAAGGACUUUUUUUUUCAGUCUUCACCUGUAAAAAGUUUUUUUUAGGCUUAGGGGUUAGGUUCACAGUUAGGGUUUGGGGUUAGGAAAAAUAGGAUUUUGAAUGGGAAUCAAUUGUUGGUCCCCAAAAAGUCCUGCAAUGAAGCCCAUUAUCUGUAGUUUAGGUAACAGUCUCUCCAGCUAACAUCCCACUCCUCGUCACUCCCAAAGAGACUGGCCUUUCAGCCAUAGAAAUAAGAAUAGAAAGGUGUCUCCAUUCAAGUCAAUGAUGGCAUAAUGGGUGGACUGGCAGCCAUUUUGAGUGCAUCCAUGCCAGGAAGUAAAAGCAGGAAGUGUACCCUUUAAUCUGUGCUGUGAUUUGUUGAUAUUAAAAAAAAUACAUUCCAUUGCAUGAGCCACAUCAGUUAGUAUCAUUUGAAUGAACAUUUGACAUUACCAUGGCAACCCAGCAUCAGUUGAUAGAACAUUUCCAAAAUACCAUGAACAUUAUUGCAUCACAUUAGAAGGCAGCCAUUAUUUGCAAGUGGACCCAUGAGUUUGCCAGGGUUAGAGCUUCCAAGCCCAUUCUAUUCAUAUUUCUAUGCUUUCAGCAAUCUCAGUGUUCAAUAUGCACUGGAUUUAUGGCGGAGUUGCUCCUUGGUUGUUGGAAAUAACAUUCAUAUUUUCCAUGACAACAUGUGGAGCCUCAAUUAGAAUACAAAGUAAAAACAACAUUUAGCUGUUAGCUGGGCAAGUUAUUUUUAGGUUUCAAAAUCUAAACGGAGGUUUUGUG